CCAACUCCCGGUUGUGCGUCAUCUCCAGGCGACAGUAGAAUCCAGCUUCGCGCCAACGGUUGAAGGGUUUAAUUUAAUUACUUACAAAGUUGAGCUUAAACUGCGAGAAAGCCUGUUCGAAAAUGGACAUCAGGCGGUUCUUUGCACCGACUGCAGCCAAGCCUGCGGUGCAGAAACCAGCUCCAAAUGGAAACGUCAAAGCAGACGAGAAGAAGAAGAAGAAUCCCCUCUCUUCAGAUGAGGAACCAAAAAAAAAACAGACCGCCAAGGUGAAAACCUCCAAGCCAGAGGAGAAACGCAAGGGUAGUGAGAAGAAACGAAAGAAGCAUGCAGUCAUAGAAUCAGACUCCGAGGAUGAGGAGCAAGUGAGGAAGUCAAAGAAAUCCCCAAAAGAGAAACAGAAGACAAGCAAAAAAGAGACGCCUCCCAAAAAAGAUCCUGUGCAGUAUGUCUCUGAAACAGACUCAGACAGCGACAAUUUUCAGUCUUUGAAGAAACCCAAACAGAAUGGCACAGCCAAACAAACAGCUCGUCCAGCAGCCAAAGAGGGUCUGAAGUCUCCUCCCAAGCCCUCCUCUACUCAGGGGAAAACUGGGGUGAAGUCUCCCUCUGUGCCCGUCACGCCUAAGUCAGCCCCGCCUCCUCAGCCCAAACACACCCCCACCUCAGUAAUGGAUUACUUCGGCAGUGCAACUAUUCAGCGUUCAGAUAAGAAGCUCGUAGCCAGCACCAAACGAAAGGCUCCGACUCAGGAUGACGAUGACCUGAGUGACGAGCUUAUCGCCAAACAGCUGCAGAUGGAUGAAGACAUGGAGAUGGAAAAGCAGGUCCAUGAGGACGAGGAGUUUGCCAGAACUCUUGCCAUGCUCGACGAGGCACCUCAAGCGAAGAAGGCUCGCAAAGGCUCCGAUGAUAAACCAACAGCUGCAGCAUUUCCCAAAAAGAGCAGAACAGACUCUGCUGCUGGCAGCUCGAGCAGCCCAUCAAAGACCGACCGAAGGGGCAGCAUGUCGGAGGAUGUGGUUGGUCCAACUCCUAAGAAGAAUACUACCCCCGUCAAAGCCAGCUCCAAACUGGCCAUGAUGAAGAAAAAGGAAGAAGAGAGAGACAAAGGGCCAAAGGGCAAAACCCCAAUUUCACCCACAAAAAUAAAAAUCUCUCCCAAAAAGGAGCCGAUUGCUUCUCCGAUCUCGGAGACGAAGUUCACUCCCAAAACAGGAACCACAGUGAAAACUUCUCCAAAGAAACCAGAGAGCACGAGUACGAGUCCUGACAACCCAGAGGAGAAGAAGAAGGUCAACGCUGCAGCUUUCAGGAACUUCCUCAACAGGGAUGGACCACGAGCUCUGGGCUCCAAGGAAAUCCCACAGGGUGCAGAGAACUGCCUGGAGGGCUGUGUGUUCGUGCUGACUGGGGUCAUGGAGUCCAUGGAGAGGGACGAUGCCAAAUCCCUCAUCGAGCGCUACGGAGGCAAGGUGACGGGCAACAUCAGCAAGAAGACCACCUACCUGGUGCAGGGCAGAGACAGCGGAGUCUCCAAGCUCGAGAAGGCGGAGAGUCUCGGUACCAAGAUCCUGGAUGAGGACGGUCUGUUGGAGCUGAUCAGAACCAAACCAGGAAAGAAGUCCAAGUACGAGAUCGCUGCAGAGGCUGAGAACAUCGCCUCAAAGACCAGGACUCCCCCCAGCAAGACCUCAAAGAGCACCCCCAAAGCCCAGAAGAUCUCUCCCUCUAAGGGGAACUCCAGGUCCCCUCACACUCCGAGCCCGUCAAAGACCGGCCAGGCACAAGGCCACAGUGCCAGGACCAGAGACGGCGGCACUCCAUCUGGGAGAGGCUCGGGUCACACAGCCCGGAGGGAGCUGGGUCUUUCCUCCUCCUCCAGUUCUUCAGCCCCAGGACCUUCAUCAUCAUCAUCUCCAUCACCUUCAGGGGAGGAGGCCAGCCUGCUGUGGGUGGACAAGUACCGCCCGCGCUCUCUGAAGACUGUGAUUGGCCAGCAGGGAGAUCAGAGCUGUGCCAAUAAGCUGCUCCGCUGGCUGCAGAACUGGUACAAACACCACAGCGGUGACACUUCUAAGCCAGCAGCUGCAAGGUUUGGUAAGUUUGGAGGGAAAGAUGAUGGAUCAGGAUUCAAGGCCGCUCUGCUCUCUGGACCCCCGGGAGUGGGGAAAACCACCACAGCCUCCCUAGUCUGUGAGGAGUUGGGCUUUAGCUACGUGGAGAUGAACGCCAGCUGUACUCGCAGCAAAAACACUCUGAAGGAAGUUGUUGCGGAGUCACUUAACAACACGAGCAUCGAGGGCUUCUACAAAGGCACGUCUCAGAAAGUAAGCAGUAAACACGUUCUGAUCAUGGACGAGGUUGAUGGCAUGGCUGGCAACGAGGACCGUGGAGGGAUCCAGGAGAUGAUCGGCCUGAUCAGAAAUUCAAAGAUUCCCAUCAUCUGCAUGUGCAACGACCGUAACCACCAGAAGAUCAGGUCACUCGCCAACUAUUGCUUCGACCUGCGCUUCCAGAGGCCACGAGUGGAACAGAUCAAGGGAGCCAUGAUGUCCCUCGCUUACAAGGAGGGAAUAAAGAUCCCAGCCCCGGCUCUUAAUGAAAUCAUCCUUGCCUCCAAUCAGGAUGUCCGGCAGGUGAUUCAUAACCUCAGCAUGUGGUCAGCCAAAGACAAGGUGAUGACGUAUGACCAGUGCAAGUCUGACGCAGCCAGCGCCCGCAAGGACAUGAAAAUGGGGCCGUUUGAUGUUUGUAGGAAGGUGUUUGCAGCAGGGGAGGAGACUGCCCACAUGAGCCUCAUCGACAAGUCUGACCUCUUCUUCCACGACUACUCGCUCGCGCCGCUAUUCGUCCAAGAGAACUACCUGCAUGUUCGCCCAAGGGCUGCUGGUAAUGACCUGAAGUCUCACUUGAUGUUGCUCAGUAAGACGGCUGACUCCAUCUCUGACGGAGACCUGGUGGACAGACGAAUCCGCUCUGGGCAGAACUGGUCGCUGCUGCCAACACAGGCCAUCUAUGCCAGUGUGUUACCAGGCGAGCUCAUGAGGGGCUACAUGAGUCAGUUCCCCACAUUCCCCAGCUGGCUCGGCAAGAACUCCUCUACCAGUAAACAUUCCCGCAUCGUGCAGGAGCUCGCCUCACACAUGAGUUUAAAAACUAUGAGCAGCAGACAGGCAGUGAACCAGGACUACCUGUACUACCUGCGGCAGGCACUGCUGAGCCCACUGCAGAAGCACGGAGCAGAGGGGGCGGGCGAAGCUGUGCAGCUACUGGACGACUACCAACUCAUCAAGGAGGACGUGGACAGCAUCAUGGAGAUCAGUGUCUGGGGCGGACAGCCAGACCCCUACUCCAAACUGGACUCUAAGGUGAAGGCAGCAUUCACACGGACCUACAACAAAGAAGUUCACCUGACGCCGUACUCUCUGCAAGUGGUGAAGAAGGGCCGCCGUGGUGGCGGAGGGGGAGAGGCGGGCUUUGGAGAGGACGGGGACAACGAGGCGCAGGUUUCUGAAGAGGAGGCAGAUGGUGUCAAAUCUGACGCCAUGAUCAAACAGAAGAAGGCUAAAGCCACCAAGGAUCCAAAGAAGGAGAAGAAAGAGGAUUCUGGGAAGGACAAAGGCAAAGGCAAGGGGAAAGGCAAGGGCAAGGCCAAGAAAUGACCGUUGCCCUGCCUCCCCUCAGACACGGACUGUAAUAUUCUUUCUCUGCACUUGCAACGAUCCUUUAAUGAGCAUCAGGAAGCAGUAGAAGUGGUCUUAACCACUGCAGGUAACUCAUCCAAACACUCUAACCUAGGUCAGAUAAGAAAUGUCUUUCCACUUUUGUAACUUCCAUCAGUGUCUCCACACUGAACAAAUGAUGUACAUUACCUACCUUUUCCAUUCAUUAUCAUGUCUGUACACCUUUGUAGUAAUGUGUGAUUCAUCAAGAGUGUUUUUCUGUCAACAGUUUGUAGUUAGGGUGUUGAGGCUGUAAAUAAUGUGACUCCGGUGUAUAAGACUGUUACCUUUUGCUACAAUUACAUUACAGAAAAACUUUAGCCCUACGGUUAGCACUGAUGCUCCUGUAAAUUGCAAUUUUGUAAAAAAUUUCAUGAUGGUUAAUAGAGAAAUAUGUUGCUCCAGUGUCGUUGAUUGAUUUCAAAUAACUUUUUUUUUAAGAUUUAAAAUCCAAUAUUUAGAUUACACUUGAAUUAUAUUCUCCCAGCUCCCUUACAGUCAGAGAUAACAAAAAAAGGGGAUGUGUUCAUCUCGUAUUGUGCUGAACUUAAGUAGAUCAGAACAUAACGUGUUCAAAAUGAGACCAAACGUUUCUACCAAUGUCUGUUUUUUGACGCCUGAUGGAGAUAAAGAUUCUUGGAAUGGUU